AUCAGGUGGCAAGAUUAAUGGAAUAGAAAAUUCGAAAUUCGAGCAAGUUUUAAGUUCCUUAAUUUCAGAGAUUUGACGCGAAGAAACCAGAAGAUUCAAACUAAGAUAGCUCAGUAUGUUCGGAAAAACAAGAUCGAACUCUCAUUUCCAACCACUGCAGGAGUAGAAGGAGAAGGAGAGGAAACCUUUAAGGAGGAAUACAACAGACUCCUUCAACAACUUCAGCAUAUGAAAGAACUCAGGGAAGCUGAUAGUAUUGCCUUUGAGUCUGAGAUGAACUCCCUCCAGGAAGAGAAGAAGAAACUAGACAGAGAAAUUAGAAAUGUGGAAUCUACAUUAGACGGACAUAAAAACAAGGUAGCUAAAACAGCACGGGAUAGUGCUACCGGAGAACCGCUAAACCCUGAAAUUAUGCUGAAGUUGAACAAGAAGCAAGCGGAAAAAGAAAAUGAAUUAAGAAAACUUCGAUUAGCAAAUAUCAGGAUACAGGAAAAACUGAGAAAGUUUGAGAUCGAAAAGAAAAUUAAGAAAACAGAUUCAAAAUCAUUAAAAAGGUAG